UUUUUGUUCUCUUUCUCUCUUUGCUUAACUCUUUUGGUGGAAACCUUCCCUGCUCUAUUCUAUUAACUAUUACCCUGCUCGCUAUUAACUAUUUGUAUUAACCAAAUACGCGCUACCUCUUCUAUUAUUAUUACUAUAUUAUUCUUUUCUGAACCCCUGUUGUGAUAUCUGUAUUCUCCCCCAUUAUCCCACCAUGGUCUCCUUCACCGCUUAAGCGCCAACCGUACAACUGUACGAUUAUUUUAACAAUAGUUUUCCACCAAUUUAUCCAGCAAUCCGUUACCCCCACCAACACAUUAGUGUAGUUGCCCCCAUCAUGGCCUACUUUUCCAGUUUACCGAAAUGUCAACUCUCGACUCGUCAACUUCCCAAAAAGACUUAUAAGUCUCGAAAACCAAAACAGCAACCUUGUUGAUCUCAAGAAGCAUCAUCCUAGCAUGACCACAGCCGUUAUCUCUACUUUUACUACUACUACUUCUACUACCAAGUCACCAGUAUUACUCCCCCAAGAACAAGAACAAAAAUCAGAACAACAAAAGAUGAACGACCAGCUUUUCCAACAAUUUUUCCAGUCGCUCACCAGCGCUGAGCCGACCACAGCCAUGACGGAGCAAGAACAGCAGCAACAGCAAGAGUGGUUUGCUACUUCUCCCGAAUGGUUCUCUGCUGCCAUGGGUACCGGACAGCAAAGUGUCCACUCGACCCCAGAAAUCGCCACACCUCAAGACAUGUUCUUGACCUCGCCUACCACCGAACACGUUGCCUUGGAGAAGACCGGGUUUGCCGACUUGGAUGUCUCUGCCAUCUUGAAUUUUCCUUUGUUUGAGGUGCCUCAACAGCAACAGCAUCAGCAGCAGCAGCAACAGCCUCAAGACACUGCCGCCCCAAUGACUGCUGCGCCCGAAGCCACUGCAUCUGGUGACGACCUGCACACUGCCCUGGCCGCCUUGGCGACAGUGACCCAGGCACCUGCUCUCGCACACCAACAGCCUGUAGUCAUCCCUUCGCCGCCGCAGCAGCAGCAGCAGCAAACGAGCCCCGUCAUCUCUGUCAUGCCCACCUUCUCUGCCCGCAAGCGCAAGUCGGCUGAUAUGGCUUCGGAUUUUAGUGCUAACUCGUCAUCGUCGUCUCCUUUGGAUGAAGCUGCUGUCAAACGACAGAAGAACACCGAUGCAGCUCGACGAUCGCGGAUGCGAAAGGCAAUGAAAAUGGAAGGACUCGAGAAGCGUGUGGCCGACCUGGAAAAGACAAACACGACCUUGCUCUUGCGUGCGGCUGUGCUGGAAUCGGAAAAGUCGACCUUGCUCACUAAAGAAGCAUCCUACGAGCAUCGUAUCAAGGCCUUGGAAGCACAAUUGGCUCAGGCCCAUCAAUCUUUGGCUGGUAUUGGUUCUCGACAGUAGCGCUUGAAUCAGUUCCUUCUGUUCUUUCUCUCUCUCUCUCUAUUAUCUUUCCUCUGUUUCUUUAUCUUUACUUUUAUCAGUUUAAUAUCAUGUCCGUUCUCUUCCUUCAUAGUUGUUUUUACUAGAGCAAUAAAAAAGUAACUGUGUGGUAUAAUCCUCACAUACAACCAAA